AGGAGGGUGCAGCUCUCUGCUACUACGUCAGCGCACAUCACAGGGGCACACAGGACCUUUUUGCUUCAGGUUGUCGGGGUGACUCCCUGCACGGAGGAAAGAAGAAGACGAAGAAGAAGAAAAAGAAACCCCAAAAUACGCGCUGACCUUCUCCAGGAAAGACGGAGACAUUUUCCCCCCGGAGCCGUGCCGCCAGCAUUACUGACAAUCCACAUCCAUCCCAGGAUCUGGUAUCCGAGUGCACGCUGGCCAAACCCCGACAGCAGCAGUGCCGAGGAGCAGGGAGCUGUCCGUGGUGCUGAAUUCAUCGGCUAACAGAAAUCCCCAUUGCACACUCAUGUGCUUGGGCCGCUCCUGAUACCUCCUAGUCCUACAAGCAACUGACCACAACCUCCACAUCCAAGAUGGACGACGACGGGCGUUACAGAGAUGGCCGCCAAGAUUUCAUCCGCGGCGCCAAGGACAUUGCCAAAGUGGCGAAGAAACAAGUCGGCAAAAAGAUUGGGCGCGGUGCGGACAAAAUGGCCGACGAGUACACCAAGCGCUCUUAUAAAAGGUUCGAAGAGGAAGAUGAUGAUGACGACUACGCUGGCGUGCCGGGCAACGACGGUGGAUAUUACCGCAACGACAGCCGGGCCAAUGACGACGAAGGUCACAGCGACUCCACUGAAGGACAUGACGAGGAUGAUGAGAUCUACGAAGGGGAGUACCAGGGCAUCCCCAGGGCCGACUCUGGCAAGGCAGGCGGCAUUGAUGGCGUGACGGCCGCCCAGGCGCAGCAAUUCAGGGAUCUGUCAGCCUACGAGGGUGAGAGGAGGAAAGACCAGGAGGAGCUGGCCCAGCAGUACGAGACCAUCCUGCAGGAGUGCGGCCACGGGAAGUUCCAGUGGACGCUCUACUUUGUCCUGGGGCUGGCGUUGAUGGCAGACGGCGUGGAGAUCUUUGUGGUCGGCUUCGUGCUGCCCAGCGCAGAGAAGGACAUGUGUCUAUCCGAGCCUAACAAGGGCAUGCUGGGUCUGAUCGUGUACCUGGGGAUGAUGGUCGGGGCCUUCGUGUGGGGCGGCCUGGCCGAUCGGAUCGGCCGACGGCAGACGCUCCUCAUCUCCCUGUCCAUCAACAGCGUGUUUGCCUUCUUCUCGUCCUUCGUCCAGGGCUACGUCUCCUUCCUCUUCUGCCGCCUGGCCUCUGGUGUGGGUAUCGGCGGCUCCAUCCCCAUCGUGUUUUCCUACUACUCUGAGUUCCUGGCCCAGGAGAAGCGAGGCGAGCAUCUGAGCUGGCUCUGCAUGUUCUGGAUGAUCGGUGGUAUCUACGCCUCCGCCAUGGCCUGGGCCAUCAUCCCACACUAUGGCUGGAGUUUCCAGAUGGGCUCGGCCUACCAGUUCCACAGCUGGCGUGUCUUCGUGUUGGUGUGUGCCUUACCGUCUGUGGCGGCCAUCUCUGCCCUCACCACCAUGCCUGAGAGCCCCCGCUUCUUCCUGGAGAAUGGGAAACACGACGAGGCGUGGAUGAUUCUGAAGCAGGUCCACGACACCAACAUGAGGGCCAAGGGCUACCCAGAGCGGGUGUUCUCUGUGACCACCAUCAAGACGGUGAAGCAGAUGGACGAGCUGGUGGACCUGGGCGACAGCGCCGCCUGGCAUCAGAAAUGGAGGCUAAAGCUCACAACGCUUUUCCAUCAGGUGUGGAGUAACUUCCUGACCAUUUUUUCUCCCGAGUACCGUCGCACCACCUACAUGAUGAUGGCUGUGUGGUUCUCCAUGUCCUUCAGCUACUACGGUCUGACAGUGUGGUUCCCCGACAUGAUCAAGUACCUGCAGAAGCAGGAGUACUCCUCGCGCACCAAGACUUUCGUCAAGGAGAAAGUGGAACACGUCACCUUUAACUUCACCCUGGAAAACCAGGUCCACCGCCAGGGAGAGUACUUCAACGACAAAUUUAUGAACCUGAAAAUGAGGUCCAUGGUGUUCGAGGACUCGCUGUUCGAGGAGUGUUACUUUGAGGAUAUCACCUCCAGCAACACCUUCUUCAAGAACUGCACCUUCAUCGCCACCCUGUUUUAUAACACAGACCUCUUCAAGUAUAGGUUGGUCAACUGCAAGCUCAUCAACAGCACGUUCCUGCACAACAAAGAGGGCUGCCUGCUCAGUGACGUCAGCGACGACAACAAUGCCUACAUGGUCUACUUCGUCAGUUUCCUGGGCACCUUGGCCGUGUUGCCGGGCAACAUCGUCUCGGCGCUGCUAAUGGACAAGAUCGGACGGCUGAGGAUGCUAGCGGGCUCCAGUGUGAUCUCCUGCAUCAGCUGUUUCUUCCUGUCCUUUGGCAACAGCGAAUCGGCCAUGAUUGCUCUGCUCUGCCUGUUCGGGGGAAUCAGCAUCGCUUCCUGGAACGCAUUGGAUGUGCUGACCGUCGAGCUCUACCCAUCCGACAAGAGGACCACGGCGUUCGGCUUCCUCAACGCCCUCUGUAAAUUAGCGGCUGUGUUAGGAAUAAGCAUCUUCACCUCGUUCGUCGGCAUCACCAAGGCGGUGCCCAUCCUCUUUGCCUCGGGGGCGCUGGCGGCGGGCAGUUUUCUGGCCCUCAAACUACCAGAGACGCGGGGGCAGGUGCUGCAAUAGUGUGGCGCCAAACAACUUUCCGGACGGGGGGGAAGAAGAGUUUUCGCCACACUGUGAAUGAACAGCUCAAGAGCCCUCCAAACCCUACCCUCUAACCCCUCCCUCAUUAGGAUAGUUUAGGUUUGUGCACGUACUGACAAGACAACACGGAAGAGUGGCACAAAUUUGCUGUAAAUAUUUGGGAUUGGUGAUCAUUCGAUAGGUUCCCCUCCACGAUAGUAACACUGCGACAUGCCAGAACAGACUGAGACAAAAUUGUUGACGAUUGCUCGGAAAUAGUGCAGCAACACGAGGCAAGCAUAAUAUUCACGUGUUCAGUGAAAGCAUGACAUUUCAUUCUGACUAUAAUAACACAUUUGAAUUUGGUCGUCCAUACAUAAGCACAUACGCCCAGGGUUGGAGGUCAGGGGAUGGGGGCUCUUGAUAACGAGCCAUGCAAAUAGACUCAUAGAAAUGACCACUAGCCAUCGUUGCAGAGUUCUCUGUAGUCACCUUCAUUCUUCUGAGCAAAUUCAACUCACCCGUCAAGUCUUGAGUACUUUGCCCUUGUCGGAGAUAGAAUCAAAAAUGCGACAUUUAUGCCUUGAUUUGAAGCAUUUUUGACCUUGUGGGGUAAAAACCAAGACCCUCUUGGCUUCUCUCCUGUCCUCAUUCUUUAUCUCCCGAGGUCUUGUGUUGGUGUACAGACUAACUGCCAUUUUUAUAGAUUAUAGGACAUUCCAGGUUUGCUUUUGUUGUUGUUAGAACGUGAUAAAGGAGAUCAGUCGAGCCCUUUUCUCCCUUUAAAAAAAACAUUGUUUCCGAUCACCUCUGAAAAAGUCACGAGACCAUUGAAAAUCACAAAUGCCAUCUAAUCGCAAAAGAUGACGCUGUUUUGUUGAAAUGUACAUUUUGAGCACAACCAUUUACCGGUGUGAAAGAGCCCGAACAUUUUCUUGACUUGAUGAAAAUGUUGGAAAUCUCGCACUCAAUCACUCAUUUUCAAUCAUGCUGUGUAUCCCUUUGUAAGAAAUGCCUUUUUAGUACCUCUCCUACCAGACUUACAGUAUGUUCGUCUCUUAUAAAUUCGUCCCGGAGGGUGUUAUGCAUGUCACAAAGUAUGUAUGUACAUUUAUGAAAACUGAGAGUACAACAUUUGAGACGCGUUUGAGACGCAUUUGUGGACAUCGAUUACUCUGGCUUAAAGUCACCGUGAUAUUACAACAACAGAGAGAGUGCUUUUAAUACCCUGAAGGUUGAUGAACCUCACCACACUCUUUUUAGAGCACACUCCACAGGAUCGACUUAUCUUCAUCGACUUAAAUCAUACUUACAUGCGAAAGAAAAGCAGGUAGUCAAAAAGAAAAAAAAAAGAAAAAUGUACACAAAAAGCCUACACGUUUUAGUUUUGAUGGUUUCAGUGCAGGCACAAACUGUGUUAAGUGUGUAAGAGGUGACAGAUAAACCUAUAAUCUACUUAUUUGUGUGAACUGAAUGUUUAUAUUAAUGUGGGCGUGCUUCUUAGUGCAAUAUUGAACCUCUGUGCAAUAUUGAGAUUAAUUAUUUCUUUUUUUUUUCUCUUUCUUUUUUUUAAUUGUCUUUCACCAUUUCACAUUUGGCAAACACUCUUCUGAGAUGUGAGAGGUUGUUGGGUAGCUGUCUUAUGUUGAUAACUGGACAUGGUGUGAUUACAUAGUGGACCUGAUUUUUAUUUAUUUGUUUUGCGCUCGGAUAAAGACAGCCUAAAGUGUUUAGCAUCGAUGUUGUUGGAAAAUACUAGAUUACAGUGAAGUUGUUCUGUUUUAACUUUUCAUAAUUUGGGGCGUGUGUGACGCUGAGGCACAUAACAUGUGAGGACUGAUUGCAGUUUAAAAAAGAUUAUUCUGCGAAUACAUAUGAGCGAAUGGACUGGGAGUGCACUGGGACCUUGUGUUUACUUGUGCUUUAUUACACAGAUGUAGCUAGAUAUAACAUGAGCUUCACCGUAGAGAACUCACUGCCAAGGGCUGAUUGUCAUAAAACCCCACAUUGGUAACAGCACACAGAGUGUCGGCGAAAGAAUUACGGCCACAUUCCCCCUGAUCCCGAGAAGCAAGGGUGAUAUGUUCACAAUUGCAUGGUCAAAGAAAAACAAUAAUUAACAUGUCGGAUUAACAGAAAAAAAAAAAAGAAACGUUUUCGUCCAAACUGCCAUUUUGUAGGAUAGCAGCCAUACGUAGAGUCAAAGACAGUUGAAUAAAUAGACAACCCAUUGCACUAAAUGUACACUGUCGUACAUGCACAAUUGUGAAUGCCUUGAGUUCUUCAAGAGAAAUUCUGACGCAGCCUUGCUAGAGAUUUAACGAAGACCAAGGAUUAGCAAGAGCACAAAGACCAAAACCUACCAAAUGAGAAGAUUGUGAACACGAGUGCAGUUGUGAACAUACGUGCUUGGAGCUUUGAUGACCUGCCCCUCACAUUUCCCCUCCCACCGUCUCACACCGACUCCAAAUUUGACAUCUGACCCACGAUCUAUGAGUGUGCCAUCUCUCAUUAAUUAUUGCCAAAUAUUUUGUAUGGCCUGAGUUUACACAUUACACCAUCGAUUCUCUGUUAUAGAUAUGAAUAUAUGUAAAUAAAAGUACUUAUAAUGUAUCUAAUGAGAUAGUUCUUCAAACCUUUUGACCCCUGGAAAUUUGCAGUCAGUCAUUGUAGGUUUUCAGCCAUCGAUCGUGUGAAACAAGAGCGACUUGACAUUUUAUGUCGAUGAAGACUUUUCACAACUCACCUGAGAACUUGUCUUUAAGAGCACAGGUGUUCCUGUUUAAAACACUGCAACAAAAUGAUGGCCUCAGAAGCCAAAAUGGCCAGCAAGUCAGAAAAAAAAGCUAAAUUUGCCCAGAUUCUCUCUUAAAAGCACAUUGAUAGUAUAUAAAUGCACAUUAACUGUACAAAUAUAAAAGCUACGCGUCAGCAGUCCUAUUCUCUGUAUGUUGUCCUGUAUCACCCAUGAAAUUAAGAACAACGAUGUCAAGAUAACUGUUGUAUUUGUCCAACAUGGAAGGCUGUUAAAGCGCUAACCUUUCUCAGUGACUCAGUUCAGGCUACGUCCAAGUCAGAAGUGUCUCACGUAGAUACAUAUCUUAGCUUAUGUUACAGGGUUUUUUUGUAUAAACAAGUUGCCUGAGCAACAGUCAAUCGUGAGUGCAAAAAGUUAACAAAGCAAUAAGUGUUUGGGUAUUUGUCUCUUAUUCUCUUCUCUGAAGCUAUUGGGAAUUGGAGCACAUUACUAUAUGCUGGCCAUGUCCACUAAAAAUGCUGAGUGUUGGCUUAAUAAUGACACUGGACUUUUAACAGCUGACAUUCGUGUGUACUCUCUAAAACAACCCUAAGUCUUGAAGCUUUUGUCAAUAAGAUUGCAUUGCCAUUAAUUAAAUGUAACAAAGAAUUUAUCACCUUUGUCAUUGUACUGUGCCGUAGAAACCGUAGUUGAUCGUUUGUAAGUAUAGCAAAUGUUUGUGGAACCAUGAAUAGAAAACAAAAGUUAUUUAAAAAAAGAGAGAAAAAAAAGAAGUGUAAAUGAACAAUGAUGUAUGUUGUCUUUGAUUUUGUGUAUUUUGUAAAUGAGAAUGAAAUAUAAGUAAAUACAUCAAUGUUAAAUACCGGUUAUGAAUCAUAGUUAGCCUAAAUGUGACAACAUCAGUUCUGUUUAAAAGGUGUGUGAGAUUUUUUCUUAUAUUUUCUCAUUGUUGAUUUUUGAUCGGGUUUGCGCCUAACUGACCCUCUGGAAUCACAAUGGAUAACAAAGAACCAUGACGAAUAAACAAGUGGAAAAAAAAAA